AUGGAGCCAGAUGAGGAGCAACUGGAGCGGAUUCAGGCGGCGUACCCAAAUCGUCCUCCGAUCAUGAACCGGCGUGACCUCUUCACAAGGGGUUUUCUGCGUCAAGACGGACCGGACGACUUCGACCUCGAGCUGGCGGAAGAGGAACGCAACCAGGUCCCUCCACCAAGACCUGGAGAACCGGGCUUCAAUCUCAGCCGACCAAAGCAGAGAGAGCUCGCUGAGCAAGGAUCCGCGGCGGCGGCUGGUCCGUCGAGCGCAAAUGCCGCUCAAGCUUCCGGGAGUGGAUCAGUGAAGCGGAAGCGAGCGCGGAGUCCGUCAACAGCUGCUGAUCGAUCGAGUAAAUCAAGCGAAUCAGGCUCCUCCCGCGCGUCAAGCGUGCCGAGCGCGUCCCCAUCCUCCCCCUCUGAGCCUGACAGUAUUCAUCCCGCUCCCUAUCGGCCCGCAGACCCCGAACAGAGACUGCUUCAGACAAUGCGAGAACGGAUCCACUAUUAUCGGACGCAAAUGAUGGAUCUGAGCGAACAAUUGGCGGAUUUGCAUGAGGAGAGGGAAGCGUCCGAGGCUCUGGCGGCGAAGCAGCAGCGAGAGAUUGAACGGUUGACUCGGAAAUUGAAGCGGGCGGACCCGAGGCUGUUGCAUCCACCGCCUGGAUCGACGGGAUGGUCGAUACAUCAGCCGGAAGAUGCGCCCACCUUUUCUACUCCGGCCGCCUCGAUCGUCGAAGCAUCAGCCAGCAAGCAGACCCGCGGUCGCAUUCUCAGCCCUUCGCCUCCGGUGGCUGAUGCCAAGCUAUCGGAGACCAUCGACACCCCCCCUGGCCCGAUCGUUUCUGGACACCUCUCGUCCCGUCCUCCGUCUUGGAUGAUCUCGGGCCCCGAAGCUUUUCCAUCGGAGACCGCUGCGCACUUCUCCAAUCAGUCGAUCGUCCAGGCUGGUACGAUGCCUCCUUGUCCAUCCCCGGACGCUUCAAGCCCAGCCAUUGUCAGUAGGCAGGCGGGUAGACAAGCUCUAAGCUUUUCUCCACCGGCAUCAGACAGCGAUGAGCUAGACCUCAGUGUACCCCCAGCGGAGACCAUCUCCAUGCUCGUCAAGACCGUCAAGGACUUACAGGCGGAAGUCAAGGGGGUGAGGUCAGAGCUCGAGGAAACGCAAGCGGCGGCGCUGGAGAUGCGCCAAACGCUUAUGAGUGGUUCAGGUCAGAUAGGACACGCCAUUGGAUCAGUGUCUAACAAGGCCUGA